GUGUAUUGUUACAUACCACGAGUAGCCAGUUCGCGGGUGACAUUACUAUUAGAAAGAGGUCGUCUAUAUUUUUUAAUUCAAUCAUCUCUGGUUCGCAAGGGUUACAGUGCUACUGUGUAUUAUGUUAGUUCGUGACAACGGAGAUAGUAUAAAUCGAAUAAAUCGGACCAUGCCACCUCAUCAACAGACAACAUCUUGGGUGCUAUACGAGUCGGAUGCAAGUAAAGAAACUCCGGUGGUGCCGCCCUCUGCAGAACAACGGAAAUGGCAGGUCGUCUGGAGAAACGUGAUUUUGUUCGCGUUGUUACAUAUAGGUGGCGUGUAUGGUGCUUACCUAUUUCUUUUUAAAGCAAUGUGGGCUACACGAAUGUUUGCGGUGUUUCUAUACAUUUGUUCUGGUUUGGGGAUCACCGCAGGCGCUCAUAGGCUCUGGGCACACAAAUCCUACAAAGCUCGCUUGCCGCUCCGCAUUUUGCUUACAGUUUUCAACACAAUUGCCUUUCAGGAUUCUGCACUAGACUGGGCGCGUGACCACAGAAUGCAUCAUAAAUAUUCAGAGACAGAUGCAGAUCCACACAACGCUACCCGAGGAUUCUUCUUUUCACACGUAGGAUGGCUGCUGGUUAGGAAGCAUCCACAGAUCAAAGCCAAGGGACACACAAUUGACAUGAGCGAUCUGAAGGCUGAUCCGAUAUUGCGAUUCCAGAAAAAACACUACAUGAUCCUGAUGCCGAUAGCCUGUUUCUUAAUGCCAACCUACGUUCCUACACUGUGGGGCGAAACACUAUGGAACGCUUACUUCGUCUGCUCCAUUUUCCGCUACGUAUAUGUACUGAACGUGACCUGGCUGGUCAAUUCUGCUGCUCAUAAAUGGGGCAGCAAGCCUUACGAUAAAAAUAUCAACCCUGUAGAAACAAAACCUGUCUCUUUGGUAGUAUUGGGCGAAGGAUUCCACAAUUAUCACCACGUCUUCCCUUGGGAUUAUAAGACAGCUGAACUUGGAAACUAUUCCCUGAAUAUUACUAAGCUUUUCAUCGAUACUAUGGCGAAGAUCGGAUGGGCGUAUGAUCUCAAAACCGUAUCCACUGAAGUUAUUGAAAAAAGAGUUAAGAGGACUGGAGACGGGUCACACGAAGAAUGGGGUUAUGAAGAAAUUCAUGAUGUGCAAGAAAAAGUUUGCCAGGAUUAGUAAAUUCGUCUAGGCCUUUCUACUUUCCAAAUUAGGAUAUAGGUGGUAUUAGGUUUUAAGACAAGAUAUUCCAUAAUUAAAGGUAUAAAACCAAAAAUAACGAAUUAUUGUAACUAGUUUUCUAGGUCUUUUGUUCCUCAUUCUAAUCUAUAUUUAAUAUAGUCCGUGAGGAUUUGUGAUAUAGCUA